AUGUCUGUUCGCAUAUGGCAGGUCAUGGAAGAGGAGGAUCGCUAUCAGGUGCGCCUGCUUUGGAGUUCGAUGCAUGACAGACUUACCGUGUCAAAUACCUCUAUCCAGAACGUGCAAGGCUUAAGCAGGAUAAAUGCGCGGUUAUUAGAGCAACGCGGCGCUGUGGGCAAGCCGACUUCGCCUUUGAGCUUCCACGAGUCAAGCAAAAAGCUCAUUAGCAUGGUAUCCGUGGCGCAUAUACUCAAGGCGCCAUCAAACCGCAGUACGAUCGAUACCGUCGCCACGACCGAUUCCCUCACUGUACAGUCAGCAAAGCCGGUCGAGUCGGCGAAUGUCUUUUCGCUUGCUUGA